AGACACCAUGGAUAUAUCUCCUGAGAUUAUUUGGCGUCCUCAUAACUUUACAUGUGCGAUGUUGCUGUUUUUUUCACAUCAAAACCAAUAGCUUAAAUUUUGCAUAACUGGAUAUGGGUUAUUUAUUUUACCCGACUCGUCCUGUGAUCCAUCUGUUCUUCUCUGCCGACCCACUGUUUUUUACAGUUUGGAAAUUACAGCCUUCAUAGUGGACUUUCUGCCCGACACUGCUGGAUAACCGAUGUGACUUGAACCUGUUACGAAGGAUCCUAAAAAUAUCGCAUAAGCUACUUGUGACAAGAGCAAGUUAAAGUUCUUUAUUGAAACUGUUAAAACAGCUGGUGCGUGAUGUUGCUGCGGUGACUAUAUUACCACAUACAUAUAAACUCCUUGCUGUCUCAGGAGACCAUUAACGAAGUUGUCCUUGUUUUCACGGCCACGAUGGCAGCUGCCCCAGAUGCGGUCUGCCUGUCCGAGCCGGGCAAACUCAACAACAGGAACAUCAGCCUCGUCUCUAGCACCAGACCCUGCAACCAGAGCGCCAUCAGGACCCCGCCCUAUUCCCCUCAAGCCAGCACAGCGUUCGCCACAGCCAUCACUUUCAUGAUGAUCCUGACUAUUGUGGGAAACAUCCUAGUUAUCAUUGCUGUUCUGACUUCCCGAUCCCUCAAGGGCCCCCAGAAUCUCUUUUUAGUGUCUCUGGCUGCGGCAGAUAUUUUAGUGGCCACUCUCAUCAUCCCUUUCUCCUUGGCUAAUGAACUACAGGGCUACUGGGCAUUUAGUUCCCUUUGGUGUGAAAUUUACCUGGCGCUGGACGUUUUGUUCUGCACAUCCUCUAUUGUCCACCUGUGUGCAAUAGCACUGGACCGUUACCUGUCAAUCUCACGGCCUGUCUCCUACGGCGCCAAACGUACUCCUUUACGCAUCAAGGCAGCCAUUAUUGUUGUAUGGCUGAUUUCUGCAGUAAUUUCUUUCCCUCCUCUUCUCUCCCUGGAUAAGAGCGAUGGAGGUGCCGAGGUAUGCGAACUAAACAACGAGCGCUGGUAUAUUCUGUACUCAACCAUUGGCUCGUUUUUUGCCCCAUGUGUGAUAAUGAUCCUUGUGUAUGUGAGGAUCUAUCAGAUUGCGAAGCAACACACACGCUGCCCACCUGGAGAUAAACAUAAAGAGGUGGCAGGGAAUGCCACAACCCCCAAACCUGCAGUGAGAUUAGCUGACCAGUCACAAAAGAAUGAAAAGCCAGGAGAUCAGACUGGCAACCAAGAAAAAAGCACCCCAUCAAAGCGUCCGUCUGGCUUAGAUCCCUCCCCGUCAUCUCCUCACAUCCAGUCGGAGAACACUAUCAGCCCAGAGACUCAUCCUCCCCUCUCAGGAACUGCUCCAGUCCGUACAUCCACCUCCUCCCCCUCAAUCCCCCAUCAAGACAGCCAACUCUGCCCAGUUGUGCCCUCCCAAGAAUCCCAUCCCAACAGAGGGGGCAAGCCCCAGACAGAUGUGCUUCAUGAUGACACCUCGAUGUCUGGCUCUGAGGCUGACUCAGAGAUAGGGCAGAAACGCGCUGUAGGAGAGAAUGCCAAAGGGCUAGAUGAGGUGAACAAGGCUGAUCAGCCGACUGUGGGGUCAUCUCAAGGAAAAGGAUUCAAAGUUCAGGUUCUAAUUUUGGCCCAUCGGUGCAAAAACACUGUGGCUACGUCAUCUGGCACCAAACUGGUGCCUGAGGGAGCACCCAGGAUGUCGGGCACACCCAUGUCACGCCGCAAAGCCAUGCUGAACAGGGAGAAGCGUUUCACCUUCGUCUUGGCCGUAGUGAUGGGAGUGUUUGUGGUCUGCUGGUUCCCCUUCUUUUUCUCUUAUUCUCUGCAGGCAGUUUGCCCUGAGAGUUGUACCCUCCCCGACCCCUUGUUUAAAUUCUUCUUUUGGAUAGGCUACUGCAAUUCCUGCCUCAAUCCAGUCAUAUACACUAUCUUCAACAAGGAUUUCAGGAAGGCCUUCAAGAAGAUACUCUGUAGGGACACAAAGGGUACGUUCUUCUAGUAUGGAUCAAAGGAGGCUGGAUUUCUAUGUUUUUCGGACAACCUUGGGACAGGAGGAUUGUUAUGUUAAGAUGAAAACUAAAAUUUCUUUGAUGUAUUUGAGGAAUUAAUUCUCAAAUUUCCUUAAUUCCCGUUUUGAGGUUGUUAGGUGAGUCAACUUGGUGCACUGAGAAAGAGAGGACUGCAAAAAACCCACAGUCAAUACUUUGAAUGUGUAACGCUGACUUUUGCGAUUACUGUAUUUUUCAAGUGGCUGAACCAACUACAUUCAAUGUUAUUUAUAAAUAUAAUGUGAUUGUGUCUUUAACGACCAUAAAGAUGAAUGAUUUCAUUUUAUUUUGCAGUGACGGCCAAUUGCAUACAGGGUCUGUGUUUGGUAACUUGAGGAGAACAAACAGAAGGUGUGUGUGCAUAUGCAGGAGAGUGGGGAGAAUUGCUUAAGGGGCUUACUGGAAGAGGAUAAAUGUCACUAAGUGUCCUUUAUCAGAGAUAAAACGGGCACACAAGGAACGCAGGUUCAGAGCAAAUGCAAGUAUUCUUCCCCUCCAUCUCUCUUUCUAUGUCUUUCUCCUCAUCCAAAGCUGUUACACUGGACAUGUACAGUAUAUUAUUCCUAGUCAACACACAGAGGGAUGAGAAGUGGACUCUUUCUGUGUGAUCCCUGGGAUGUUACACCUCUCCCUGGGAACUGCUCAUUAAAGGACCAUACCAGUGAUUUUUGAAUAUCUAUCCACUUUGCAAAUCAUGUAAGGACACUAAAGAUUUCACAACAUAUGACUUGCUUUUCAAUUUGAAUUUUUGGUUGAAACACCCACCUAAUAAUGUUCUGCGACUGAGCCACAGAGGCCAUCGUCAUCACCAUUCAUAAACCACAGAACUGA